GUGUGUUUUCACAUUUGAAAACGAGGUCAGCUAUACAAAAUCCAAUCAACCCAAAAUGGCGGUGAUUAACAGGUUCCUGUGUUGGAACCUCCGGACAUCUGUCCUGGUGGGCUAUGGCUACGUGGUUAUAACCGGUGUGUUCUCACUUGUCAUGCGAUUGAUUGAUUUGAUUGCCACAGGAACAGAUUUCGAGGUCAGUCAAGGAUUUCAGACACCAUGGCGAUCACAUUUCUGGCAGGCAUUCCUGGCCAGUGAUGUGGUGUUGACAUUUGACUACGUGGUUAUGAUACUCUUCACUGCGUUCAUGUUUCUACAAGUCAGAGAGCGGCAUUUUGUGAUGUACAUGAGCGCUCAUCGAUGGUACAUCAUCUUUUUCUUCAUCUACCAGUUUGUAGAAAUCUGCUUCUCAAUUUUCGAAUUUUCAUACUAUGGAAUGAACACUUUUAGACUGAAGUACAUAGUAUGGACAUGGCUCUUCUGGGUGUUCAGGACAUUUGUAAAUGGAGUGUUCUUUGUUGUACUGAUUGCCAGAAAACAAGAAAUGGGAGAACAGAUGGAUAUGGAACUCCGGUUUGCUGGAGAACGGAAACGACCUGGUUUUGGAUAUUAGCAACCUUCCAUGCCAAACUAAUGACUACUUAUGUCGUAAAAUGUCAGAUAAACAAGAUAUAUUUAACAUUGUGCCAUUUUCAUAAAUGGAAAAAAA